AUGUCAAAAAAGAAAAAUCUCUGGCUGACACCGAUUCCAUCCAACGUGCCAACUCAAAAAGUCGCACUUUCCUUUAAAAUCGCCGCUUCGGAUGUUGGAAAACCUCCGAAUGAUGUAAUCAAGAUUGACGACGACAUGAUGAUUUCCUUCAUUUCCACGAAUUCUUAUGCCAAUGGAUUGAUUAUGGGCGACAAGAUCAUAAAAGUGAACGACAUUUCUGGAAAAGCCGCGAAAUGUCAGGCGGAAUUGAUGAGAGGAGAAACGUGUCAAGUUGAGGUCCUGAGACGAAAAGGAGCAUUUCCGGUGACAAAAGAGAGAUUGCACAAGUCAUUACCAGUUGUGAAAAAGGGAUAUGCAGUCUUUGCUGUGGAAGUUGAGAGGCCAUCAAACAUGACUACCACUGCAAUUGGCAUGAAGUUGAGUAUCAUGAAGAAACGUGGGUUUGUGGUAAAGUCGGAUCCAAACACAAUAACAGCUUCAUUCAUCGGUCGUGGAGAUAGUAUUGUCGACAUGGAUGGUACACCAGUUCCACCCUUAGACGGAACAGCUGAAACUUUUAUUCGAGAAAAUCUUGCGAAACUUUCAACUGGCAGAAAAGUUUCAUUUUUGGUUGAACGACCAAUUCAAUUGAGUUUGGCAAAAGAAAUGCAGAAAUAUAUCGAAUCGAUCACAUGUGACGAUGCUGAUGUUGAAAUGGCAAAAGAUGUGAUUGAAAUUGGACGAGAAGCUAGUAAUAUGCAUUUUAUUGUUCUCAAAAAACUCAAUACUCCGAGUAUUCUAUCAUCAGAUGUUCGAAAAAGAAAGACAAAUGAUAAAACAAGUGAAUCAGCGGAAAGUAAUAUUAGUAUUUCGACAGCUUCAACUGAAAUGAAGAUCACCAGUGAUGUUCCGGAGGGAGAUGAAUUGAAACUAGUUGUUACGAAGAGUCACGCUGUCAGUAGCAAACAUGAUGAGGAAGGUGGUAUGUUCGAUAGCGAGUAG